AUGGCCCACACGACAUCAACCAACCCCAAAGCGGCAUCAUCUAGGCCAAUUAUCACCCUCGAGGAACAUUUCCUCUCGCGAGCAGCUAGUGCCCAACCCAACGAGAACAAUGCAGCCUUCAAGGCCAUCCCGGGCCUAUUUGAGCAAUUCACCGAGCUCGGCCCCAAGCGACUCGAGGACAUGGAGUCGGGCCAGGUCACGAUGCAAGUUAUUUCCCACGGCCCCGGCGAUCUUUCGCCCGCCCAGUGUCGAGAGUGCAAUGACCAGCUGGCCGAGGCCGUGCGCGCCCACCCGGACCGGUUCGCCGGCUUUGCCGAGCUGCCCAUGGACGAGCCCGAUGAGGCCGCCAAGGAGCUCCGACGUACGUGUUCGGGGGAGAAUGAUGUGGCCAAAUUUGUCGGCGCUUUGAUUGACAGUCACACUGAAAAGGGCUUGUACUAUGACGGGCCCGAAUUUGAUGUGCUCUGGGACGAGGCGGUAAGGUUGGACGUGCCAAUCUACAUUCAUCCGACGUGGCCAUCAGACCAGCUCUUUGAUGCGUACAAGUCGCCCAAUCUCCCUGAGCACGUGUCAAAAUCCAUUCUCGCAUUCGGGUUUGGGUGGCACAGCGAUGUUGCCGUCCAUGUUCUGCGAUUGUAUGCCACGGGUGUGUUUGACCGGUUUCCCAAACUCAAAAUCAUCAUUGGGCAUAUGGGGGAGAUGAUUCCAUACAUGCUCCAGAGGAUCGAAAGGGUAUCAUCACGGUGGGGUAACAAGAGGUCCUUUCGUGAAGUAUGGGACAACAACUUGUGGUUGACGACGAGCGGAAAUUGGGCACUCGACCCACUGGCCUGUAUUCUACGAAACACUAAACAUGAUAGAAUCAUGUACAGUGUUGACUACCCCUUUGCCAAGAGCGGUGACGGGCUCAAGUGGCUAGAAGAGCUAGAGCAGAGUGGAAUGGUCAGCGAGGAAGAGCUGGAAGGGAUACGAUGGAAGAAUGCAGCAACGCUAUUGAAACUAAGUGUCGUCUAA